AUGUGUGUCAAGGUCGUGCAUCCGGAGCUUACAUUUCGGGCCAUUAUUCGCCGCUUUGACAAUGAUCAGCACGGUAAUGUUCAGGUAAGUUUACGGCUACACAUACUUGAUGUACAACUAGCUGAUGAACUGAGUACUGAACCGGAUGAAUCGUAUACAGAUGAUGUACUAGACCUGCAAGAAGAUGAGCUUUGCUUCCUCCAAUCCACCCAAGCCGAGCUGCUGUUCCCCCAGCAGGAUGACCCUCAUCCAAAUUAUUGGGUAGAAUCACGCUUGCCGGAAACUCUGCUUAGGCGGUGGGAGCAUCGCGCCAUUGAAUCUGCGGAACAAGGAUUUGUUAAAAAGUACCUCCACGGGCGCCUUCCGCAUCAAGGCGUUAAGGCAAAUGACUCGCGCGCGCUACGCAUUGCGCUGCUCGGUAAGCCACAAAUCAUUCUGGCAGGAACAAUUUCGAUGGUUGAAGGUAUUAUGUCGCGAGUGUUGGACAUGGUCUCGCAUCUCAUUAUUGAUGAGGGAAGUGACAUUUGGUGGCAUUUUAUCGGCACAGCGACUCGCUUUACGCCAAUUGUGACGCCUGCCUUCCUUGAAGCAGUGCAAGAGAAUUUCAGAUUCCAGCGCGACCACUCAGGCCUCCUGAUUGCCCCGGGCAAUGGCUUUAUUUCGGAGGAGCAUUGGUCCAUGAAUAAGGAAUUUCUCGAUCGGAUUCAAGGAUCGUAA